CGUGCGCUCUCCCCUCCCGUUCUCUUUCCGCCAUCUUUCCGCGCCGCCACAAUGGUGCGCAUGAAUGUCCUGGCGGAUGCUCUCAAGAGCAUCAACAAUGCCGAAAAGAGAGGCAAACGCCAGGUGCUUAUUAGGCCGUGCUCCAAAGUCAUCGUCCGGUUUCUCACUGUGAUGAUGAAGCAUGGUUACAUUGGCGAAUUUGAAAUCAUUGAUGACCACAGAGCUGGGAAAAUUGUUGUGAACCUCACAGGCAGGCUAAACAAGUGCGGAGUGAUCAGCCCCAGAUUUGACGUGCAACUCAAAGACCUGGAAAAAUGGCAGAAUAAUCUGCUUCCAUCCCGCCAGUUUGGUUUCAUUGUACUGACAACCUCAGCUGGCAUCAUGGACCAUGAAGAAGCAAGACGAAAACACACAGGAGGGAAAAUCCUGGGAUUCUUUUUCUAGGGAUGUAAUACAUAUAUUUACAAAUAAAAUGCCUCAUGGACAAAAAAAAAAAAAAAAAAAAAAGAAA